CCGGAUUUUUGCGUAGCAUUAGCCGAUACAUUUAGUUGAAUGCAACCUACAUCUCGUGACUUUCGGAGUUCUCACGAGCGUUCAAUUCUGUGUUGAUUUUCGUUCACUGAACUUCACAAUGGAUGUGUUUUUAAUGAUCCGGAGGAAGAAAAUGACAGUUUUCACAGAUGCAAAAGAAUCUACGACAGUGUUAGAAGUAAAGAAAAUUGUAGAAGGCAUAGUGAAACAAAAGCCAGAGGAUCAGAGACUGUACAAAGAUGAACAGCCAUUAGAUGACAACAAGUCGUUGGGUGACUGCGGAUUUACCAGCCAGACAGCGAGGGCACAAGCACCUGCAACUAUAGGACUUGCUUUUAAGCUAGAAGAUGGAGAGUUUGAACCUUUGGAGGUGACCCCACUAUCGAGUCCACCAGAGCUUCCCGACGUGAUGAAGCCCCAGGACUCGCCGUCGACACAUGCACAGGAGCAGACUGCCUCAUAGUUCCCUUCCCGCGAUACACAUUCACUUAUCUCCUUUCCUCCUGCCCGCCUGUGCGGAGAAUGUGUUAAACUAUCCACUAUUCACCACCUGGCUCAAAGUUGAAUAAGCUUUUGUUAUAACUUGUAGCGAUAAUUCACUGUACUGCCUGUAGUAUACAAGCAAAAGUUUCCACUUAAAAUUAUAUAGGUUUCUUUAAUAUCUUUUUGACCCAUACCUUAUUCGAUGUUGUGCAGUUUUUAAUGUUUUUAAUUUGAACACCUUGCAAAUGUAGCUCUAAGGGUAUUUAGAUACAAUAUAUAUUACUGAAUAUAUGAGUGACUGACUUUAACCUCAUUCUUGAAUCCCCUUGAGCUAGUGGCAAAUGCAUAUUCAGCUUUUUGCUCAGUUAUGUUUACUUUCAGUUAUUUUUGAUAGGUUUAAAAAGGAAAUUCAGUUGUAGGAAUAACAAUUCAUUGGGGAAAAUAAAAGCAGGAAAUAAUAGUUAGUACAGUAAUGAAAAAAUGCAGUGUUUCUAGCUAUUAUAUAAUUAUUUACGAUAAUGAGCACUUCUCUUUUCUGAAAGUAUUUUUGGCACUGUGGAAGCAAAGUGAUUAAUUGUGUAAUUAAUACUAAGGUUGUGUAAUAGCUAGAGUGCACUGGUUUGGUGAUAGUUUUUGUCUCUAUUUACUCAUCUUUUAUUGUUCUAUUGUGUUUUUGUGAUUUGUAGGCUCAUAUCCAACAUUGAACACCCAUGCAAUAAACUGUAAAAAUGAUCUAUUUAAUUUUUAAACCCUGUACCAUUUAAUAUUUUAAGACAUUUUUUGGCAUGAAAUUGCCAGAACUGCUGCACUGGAAGCAGAUAGGAAAACAGGAAGAACUUACUUGAAAAAUACUCUGACUCUGAAAAAUUGUAAUCCCAAACAUAUCACAUAGAAUAGAUCUUAUAGGUAAAUCUAAAAGAUGGACUAAACAUACUUAAUGUUGUUUGUGGAGUUUUUUUUUAUGAAUCUCUUCUUAACCAAACAAUGACUUAGCAUUAAAGUAAUGUUUUGUUCGUAUGGUAUUUAUUACUAUUUAACAUCAGUUAACAUCUGCUACUAUUCAGAAGUAAAAAAUGAUACCUAUGCAAUUAAGCAAAAUGGUAAUUUGUUAAUAAACACGCUGUCUUAAUAUCAUCAUUGGAUUCUACUGUCAUUUUUGUCUUAAGAGUAGGUCCUACACCUGUAGUUUUGUUUGUUUAUUUUAUGUUUACCAAAUAAGAAGAUGUACAUGCUCUUCAUUUAAGACUAGUGUACAGCAUCAGUGUUCUCUGACUAUGUUAAUAUGUGAAAUAUUGCUUUUCGCUGAACUUGCAUUGUUGUAAGUUAUAAUUUAUUAAAUAUUUGUAAACUUGCAAGUUGAAGAUCAAAGUAAAAGUUUUGUACUAA